UUCCGAGGGGACGCGGUGGCGGAGGCGCGGGGCGGGAGCUAAGAUGGCGGCGCAGACGCUGCGGGGCCUGUGGCGGGGCCGGCCGGGGCUUCUCAGCACCCGGUUCUCGCAGUGGGCCGCCGGGACCGAGUACCGCAGCGCCUACAGCCUGGACAGGCUGUACCCGCCGCGCCGGGACGGCGGGGCCGCGGAGCAGACGCAGCCGGCUGCCCUCGAUAUCCCCAUGGCUCGUCUGACCGUGUCCUACAGCCGGAGCAGCGGCCCAGGAGGGCAACACGUUAAUAAAGUGAACACCAAGGCUGAAGUUCGGUUCCACCUGGCGUCAGCAGACUGGAUCCCAGAGGCUGUGAGGGAAAAAAUGGCAUCAAUGCACAGGAACAAGAUAAACCGAGCUGGGGAGCUGAUCGUGAGCUCUGAGGAGAGUCGUUACCAGAUGAGGAACUUGGCCAUUUGCCUGGAAAAAAUCAGAACCAUGGUGACAGAGGCUACUGAGAAACCCAAGGUGGUGUCUAAGGAGACGACACAGAAGCUGAUAGAGAGGGUGGAAAAAAUGAACCGGGAACGACUGCGACAGAAGAAGAUGCACUCGGAUAAAAAACAGAGCAGGAAGGCAGACUUGGACUGAGAGCAGCAAGGACUGAAGUCCUGGCACACCUUGUUUUUUUACAGGAAUGGCUUCAGCAGCUGGAAAUGAUGCUAAACUCAAAAGCUAUAUUGAAUAAAAAGGGUCUAAAAGUGUAAAUAAAUCUAUUUAACAUCUCCUGCUGAA